CCAAGUUUUAAACAUCUGUUGCUCCGUAGUCGUCUUCUGCACUGUACAGAUACGGCCUGCUUCACCAUUCUUCACCACGCUUCUCCUUCUUUGUAGGCAACCUAAGGUUUGGAAGACAGUUCUGCUGCUGUGCACCGUGGCUGUGGUGUCCUUCGGUCGUUACUGGUUUGGAAGUCUUGCUGGAGGCUCAAGGGCAGUGGAAAAAAAGACUUCAUGGCUGGUGGGUGAUGAUCUGGAAAUGCUGAGGGUGGAACAAGAGCUCGACAAGAUCCAGCAGCAGCUUCGUUUCCUGCAAUGGGGAGCAAAGGACAUCACCCUGCGUGCUCUCCACGAGGCCCUGAAGAGAAAUGAGCUCCCAGGCUUUACCGGCGAGGCUGUUCAAGAGAUGAUCAAUCAAGUCCUGGAGAAGCUGGAAGAAAGCCCAUUCCAGAUGCGUAAUUAUGCCAGCAAAACUUCAGGCGCCGCUAUCGUUCGUUCCAAGACUUCUCCCUCCUGGAUUGGAAGCGGGAAAGUCUUCUGGCACUCGUUGCUGGUGACACCAUAUAUGAGGCCUCCUGAGAUUAUUCUUGAGCCUGACAAUCAGCCAGGUAACUGCUGGCCCUUCCCAGGAAGCCAAGGGCACGUCUUCAUCAAGUUGCCCAGGGCCAUCUUUCCCACGGCAGUUACGUUAAACCAUGGAGUUCCAGCAACGGCCUACCAUGCAGACAGCACCUCCAGUGCUCCUAAGGACUUUGCUGUCUAUGGCCUGCAGGAAGAAGGUGACGAGGAAGGAACUUUGCUAGGAGAGUUCACCUUCACGCCAGGCCAGGAUCCCAGUCAGACCUUCCAGCUGCAGAAUGAGCACUCCGGGUUCAUCAAUUACAUCAAGCUGCGAGUGCUGAGCAACUGGGGCCACCCGGACUAUACCUGUGUGUAUCAGUUCAGGCUCCACGGCAAUCCAGCCCCUGACGGUGAAGCUAAGGGAAAGCCACUUGGUUUACCUUUCAUGGAGGAGUCUCCAGAUCUGAGCCCGUGACAGGGGCACAAACCCAGGGGACGAAAGAGAGUGGCAACAAAAAUUACCCUACCUUCUAACAGCGCGGCACAUCCGGCCCCGGCUCUGUGACUAACAAGGCAAGGCACGAUGCGGGCCGUGCGCUCCAGGAGAGGGGGAAGGGAGACAACACGUGUGUCUGACAACAAAAAAAAAAAAACAACCAACAACAAAAACAGAAUCAACGGCAAC